UUCGUCGUUUUUAUUUGAGGUUAUGUUUAUGUGAAAACGAAAAGAAAACAUUGCUUUUGUUUAUUUGUGUGAAAAUGAGUGAAAAAAGGACAAUUUAUGUGGGAGGAUUGGCAGAGGAAGUGACUGAGAAGCUCCUGAAUGAUGCUUUUAUACCUUUUGGUGAUUUAGUGGACAUCCAAGUGCCCAUUGACUAUGAAUCUCAGAAACACCGGGGUUUUGCCUUCAUUGAGUACGAGAGUCCGGAAGAUGCGGCUGCUGCCAUAGACAAUAUGAAUGAUUCCGAGCUAUAUGGGCGAACAAUUCGGGUAAAUCUGGCCAAGCCACAGAGGAUAAAGGAGGGUAGCAAUAGACCCGUGUGGGCAGAAGACAGCUGGCUCAUUAAACACGCAGGAGCGACACUGAAGAACAAGGAGGAUGCUGCUGAGGGAACUGUGGCAGAAGGAGUGACAACAGAGGAAGAGCCAAAGGAAGUUAAAACAACCGAAAGCAGGAAUCCCCAAGUUUACUUUGACAUCCGGAUUGGAAAUAGCGAUGCUGGGCGGAUAAUAAUGCUCCUGAGGGCGGAUGUUGUGCCAAAGACUGCAGAAAAUUUCCGGGCACUGUGUACAGGAGAGCAGGGAUUUGGCUAUGCGGGAAGCAUUUUUCAUCGUGUUAUCCCGGAUUUCAUGUGCCAGGGUGGUGACUUUACAAACAAAAACGGCACAGGGGGCAAAUCGAUCUAUGGCAGGAAGUUUGCAGAUGAGAACUUUGAUUUGAAGCACACAGGCUUUGGAACAUUGAGCAUGGCCAAUUCCGGACCCAAUACCAAUGGCUCCCAGUUCUUCCUGUGCACCACAAAGACAGACUGGCUCAAUGGGAAGCACGUUGUAUUUGGGCAUGUAAUCAGUGGUGCGGAUGUUUUGAGGAAAAUCGAAAAGUGUGGCACAAAGAGUGGAACACCAACGCAAAAGAUUUCCAUCGUAGCGUGCGGAGAACUAAAGUGAGAUCUUCCCAAAAAAUUAUUUUUCCGGUAAUAAAAUCCAUUUUAUUCACACCA